AUGAGAAAAACAAAAGGAAGAUUAGUGUUCUAUCUUUGUAUAAGCAUAUGGUGUUUAUUUGUAAAUAUAUGCAAAAACAGCGAUACAAAAAAUAAUAGUUAUAAUGAUUAUUACAAUACUUAUUUAUCCAAGAUCCAUUCGUUUAAGGCUCCUUUCAAUGUCGAGAAUUUAGAAAAUGGUUGGAAUGUUGAUUAUUCAAGUGUUAGUACUAAUAAACAUGUAGUUUUAAUUCCAAGCAUAUACAACAGAAGAGGUGUUCUUUAUAAUAAGAACCCCAUAAAUUCUGAUAAUUUUAUUAUUGAAUUUAACUUUUUUAUGGAGAGAAAAUAUUACAAAGAAAAGAUUGAUGAGAAAUAUUAUAAAGAUGAAAAAAACGAUGUACAUGAAAUUGUAUAUAAAACCAAUUCUGAUGAUAAUUUGAGUACUUCUAAUAAAUCAAAUAAUAAAGAACAAAAACAAAUAAAACGAAAUGGAUUCGCUCUCUGGAUAUUAAAGGAUCCCUUUGUUAUUAAAGAAGCCGGUAGUAAUGUGAAUCUCGUUUUACAAGAAGAGGAAUAUAAUAUAUUUGGUUAUAAAAACCGUUUUAAUGGUAUAGGUAUAUUAUUUCAAUUAAAAAAAAGCACCAACAAAAGUAAUAACAAAAGUAAUAAUAAUAAUAAUUAUUAUUAUUAUAAUAAUUAUAACGAUAUAUUAAACGUAUCCAUUAUCCUAAAUAAUGGAGAUAAAUCCAUAAAUUCAGAUGAUUUUACCAUUUUUAAAAAUAUACCCAUUGAUAUGAUUAUGAUAAAUAAUCUAAUACACACCAAAAUUAUUUGUAAUAAAAAAGAAAUCAUCAUAGCCUUUUAUUAUCCCAAAAGUAAUAAUUAUAUUAAUACAUUAAUUAUGAAAAACAAUAUAUCCACAGAGAAUUAUAUAGCUUUUACAUCAUUCAAUUAUAAAGAAGAUGAUAACAAAAAUAUUGAUUAUAAUGAUGUUAACAACAAAUAUUACGAAAAUCAAAAUGGGUAUCUUCCUACAUUUGUUGGAAUAAAACAAGUAUUAACAUUUAAUUUGAACAAUAAUAAUAAUAAUAAUAAUAAUAUAAAUAUAAAUGAAGCGAAUAUAAAUAAUAAUAAUUACAAUAAUAAUAAUAAUAAUGAUAAUAAUAAAAUAAAUUAUGAUCAGAAUUAUAAUAAAGAUAUCUCGGCUAACGAUAUCAACGCAUCGUUUAAUGAUGUAUUAAAUAAUAUAAAUCCAGAAAAGAAUACAAUCAAUCAAACUAUUGAUGUAUUAAAUUCUAUAACAAAAUUAUUACAAAAAUUUAUGAACCAUCAAAUAAAUAGCGAGAAAAAAUUAUUACAAAAUAUUAAUAUUUUAAAUGAAAAAUUACAAUUUGUACAAACAGAAUUAAAAGUUAUUAAAAAGAAUUUAACAAACCAAACAGAAGAACCCAAAAAUUUACAAAAAAUGUUUUCGACAGAAUUAACCGGUCUUAAAAAUCUAUUCCACACACAUACACAACAUCAUAAAAAAAACAUUGAAGAUAUUACAAAUAAAUUAACCAAAAAAAUAGAAAGAAAUAAUGAAUUAAAAAUAUUAACCGAAAAAGCUCAAAAAUUAGAACAAAUUAUUAACAAGGGAAAUUACACAACAUAUGUUUUCUGCUUAGCCUUUGCUUUAUUAAUUAUUUUGACUUUAAUGCUUAUAUAUAAAAAAAUACGAGAUGUCGAAAAAAAACACAUCCUAUAA